AUGCCGUCGGAGGUCAUGGACGCCUACUGGGCGGCGCCAGCAAUGGCCCGCAAUUUGGCGACCUUGAUCGUCGUCACGUCAAUCGCAGCGCACUUCGGUUUCGUGUCGUAUGGGUGGCUGUACUUUGGUGAGGAUCGGCUCUUGCGCUUCCCACCUGAGAUAUGGCGGUUCGCAACGAACUUCUUCCUCAGUGGUCCAAAGCUCGGCAUCAUCUUGGACCCCUACUUCACAUACCAGUAUUUGAAGCAGCUAGAGACGGCGAACCCCAAGUUCUCCCGAAAGGAAGACUUGGUCUGGUAUUUGAUGACCGUUGGGGGCAUGAUCAUUUUCCUCAACCGCGCAUUCCUCGGCGGGGGAUUCUUCCUUGGCGGCCUCAUCAUGGCCUUGGCGUACACCGCAACGCAGGAUCAGCGUGGCAUCCAGUCCGGCUUCAUCGUGUUCACCGUGCCGGCGCAGAGCAUCCCGCUGUGCAUGCUAGCAUUGUCACUACUCCUAGACCCGUCCGCGAUUCCCCUCCAGCUCACGGGCCUGUUGUCGGCGCACCUGCACGACUUCCUCUCGCGCCUCUGGCCCGAGUUUGGCGGCGGCUGGAACAUCAUGACGCCACCGCGGUUUGUUUCGUGGUUGGUCAAGACACCUCGGAUGGUACAGCGGGAGUACGGCACGGCCGCCCACCAGCCGCGCGGCGCCCACGGGGUGAGUGGCGGAUCGGCGGCGGGAGACAGUUCGGGGGCGUCGACCGGGUCGGUGUUGCCCGACUCGUGGAAGACAAGGGGGUCUGGGCAGCGUCUGGGGGGGAACUAG